UUCGUCAAGACCCUUACGGGGAAGACCAUCACCCUCGAGGUAGAGUCUUCCGACACCAUCGAUAAUGUGAAGGCCAAGAUCCAGGACAAGGAGGGCAUUCCCCCAGACCAGCAGCGCCUGAUCUUUGCUGGCAAGCAGCUUGAGGAUGGCCGUACCCUCAGCGAUUACAACAUCCAGAAGGAGUCGACGCUGCACCUUGUGCUCCGCCUCCGUGGCGGUAUCAUCGAGCCCUCGCUGAAG